AUGGUCAAAAUUCAUGGUAUUCUACCGACAACUGAGGUAUGUGGGACAUUAACUUUAUCAAAUCGCAUCUACGGUGGUGAUGAAACUGAUAUUGAUGAAUAUCCCUGGAUUGCAUUGAUUUUACCCAGAAAUGAAAAUUUCUUUUUGAAAUGUUCUGGUUCUCUUAUUAACAAAUACUUUGUUGUCACCACCGCACAUUGUAUUACUUCAAUCAACUCAUUAUCAGAUGUUCUAGUUCGCUUGGGUGAAUGGAAUUUGGAUAAAGAUCACGGUUGUAAUGAAAAUCGUUGUGAGCUACCUCUUCAAGAAAAGGAAAUAGAUGCAAUUAUAAAACAUCCAGAAUAUAAGACAAAAAGCAUGGAUAAUGACGUAGCUUUGUUACCUUUUAUGAGCGGUUGGGGAGGCACUGAAAAUAAACUGUAUAGUCCUAUUAAGUUAAAAGCCACGGAUCAUAUAUUAUCAGUCGUUCAAAAGAAAAGAAAAGGAAAGAAAGACCGUUACUAUUGCAAUAAUGUUUUAAUAAGUAACAGCAAAAUUUAUGCUACAGCACUCUACAAAAAUGAGCAUAACUCUCUUAAAACUAAAGCUAUUGACUUCAAACCGGUAUCAAAUUAA